ACGGCGUGCAUUUCUUCCAGUACCGCCGGAAGUAGAUAUCGCGACAGACGCAUUCCAAGGAAAUCGUCGCUUAAAUACAAGAUUUUUGUGGAUUAAAGAUGUUUAAGGCAAAGAUUUUAGUAUUAGGACCAUGUGAGAGUGGCAAAACUGCAUUGUCAAAUUUCCUAGCAGAUGCAACAGACACUUCUAGCGGGGAAUAUCAUCCAACUCAAGGAGUGAGAAUCCUUGAGUUUGAAAAUCAUAACCCAGGUGCUGGUCAUGGCAGGCAGUCAGCCGUUGAGGUGGAGUUGUGGGAUUGUAGUGGGGAUAAAAAGUUUGAAGCAUGUUGGCCUGCAAUGGCAAAAGAUACAACAGGCAUCAUUUUUGUUUAUAAUCCUGACCAGCCCAAUCAUGAUAAAGAUCUAGAAAACUGGUAUGCAUAUUUUAUAGACGACCAGGGUAUCAAGGAGACGUCUUGUUGUGUGUUUGCUCACCAUAAACCAAGCGCUCCAGACAGAGAGAGAGCACAAUUAUCAACAUGUUUUAGCAACAUACCUGUGGUUCACACGAAUAUAGAGGAGGACAGUGAGUCUGUGAGGAAUCAGUUUAGUCAGUUCCUGGCCAAGUUGACGGUGGCAUUGUCAGACAAGAGAGACCAAGAAGAACUUAGUAUUAUGAACCACCGAUAGGAACUCCUUGUGAUAGACUUUUUGUGUAACUUAUUUAUUUCUUACAUUGACAUAUGACUUGUGUAAUGUGACUUUAAGUUUAAGGCGGAUAAAUUUUAUUCUUUGAGUACUGACAGGCCUUUUUUCAUCAUUUUGGGAAUGCCACCAACACCAGUGAAUUGGGAAAAUGCUCUCAGAAAUUGUCUUAAUUGGGACUAAGUAUUAUGAAUCAUCGAUAGGAAACACCUUGUGAUAGACUUUUUGUGUAACUUAUUUAUUUCUUACAUUGACAUAUGACCUGUAUAAUGUGAUUUUAAGUUAAAGCUGAUGAAUUUAUUCUUUGAGUACUGAUGACGUAGUUAUUAAAGGUUUACAUGUUGCAUUAUCAAUGGGCACAGAUAUAAUAAGAAUAUUAUUAUAAUAAGACACUGAAGUGUAAUGUAACCACACAAUCAAAGCAAGUUUAGUUUAACAAUUUUAUUAUAAGACCAACUUUUCGGCUUUUACAGAGCCUUCUUCAGGGUACCAAGAAUAUUAUUAGAAUGCUCAGUCAGACUGUCUCUUGUUUGAACUUCCGUCUAUCUGCUAUAGUUCUACCCUAGGUCUGCUCUGUGUCGAAUAACCUUGUACAGAUUUUCACCUCCGGAAACAAUGUUCAUAACACAGUUUCCAAGCUUGUCUGUUUAAGGUCAAAGUCACCCCAACUUUCAAAAAUUAUAACACAUGAUUCUUGUCAGCUCCACAUCAGCUUUUCCCUUUGAUUGAUUUAGAUGCAAGGCACAUGUUAUAGUAUGCUGGUAUUCUGCGCAUACUAAACAUAUUCUGGAGAAUGUCAUAUGACUGAAAGUUGUGGUCAGUGGAUUUUGUUAACUAUAAUGGUGGAAUAUGAAAUACUGUUAGAUAUAUGUACAUUUUGAUAAUAAAAUAUUUUGAUAACCA